GCCGCGUUGAGCGUUCGCAGCGGAUCCGCCGUAGUCGUCCCAAGAUGCGGUGCCCUCUCGUUAACGUCGCGCUGUUCUCCUCUUUGCACGUCUUGUUUUCUUUGUCUUAUUUCCACGAAGUCGUGGCCGCAGCCGAUGGGAGAGGCUUUGGAGAUAACAUUAACUGGAGGGCUCUGGACGACGGGAAGAAAGAAGCGGAGGCCAGUGGGCUGCCAGUUAUGGUUAUUAUACAUAAGACAUGGUGUGGAGCCUGCAAAGCUUUGAAGCCUAAAUUCGCUGAGUCUAAGGAGAUCUCUGAACUUGCCCACAACUUUGUUAUGGUCAACCUGGAGGACGAGGAGGAGCCGAGGGAUGAGGCCUUCAGCCCCGACGGCGGAUACAUUCCCCGAAUUCUUUUCCUUGAUCCCAGUGGGAAAGUCCAUCCAGAGAUCACCAACAAGAACGGGAAUCCCAACUACAAGUAUUUUUACAGCAAUGCAGAACAAGUUGUGUCCAGCAUGAAGGAGGCACAGGAGAAGCUGACGGGUGACGCGUACAGGAAGUCCCACGUCGGGGAUGAGCUGUAGGGAGCCACACACCAGGGCAGGAGGCUUCAAGGGCUGCGUUCAUUUACCCCAGCCUUCGCCCAGACCAUUUCACCAUUUUUAGCGGUUUGAUACCAGUUUUAUGAGGAUGGGCUCUUCGUUUUUGACUAAAACAAGACAAGCCUACGGGCGGCAGAGAGAGGAGUCCAUCUUGCUGACCGACGCGAACCAACCACUUUCUGGUGCUUACGUUUGUUUUUCUUUGUUAUUUCCAACUUUUCUCCAUCCGAUACUUCAAGCGUACUAAGCCCUUCAUACGUUUCCGACUUGUUCUGUUGUGCUCUCCCUCUUCAGUAUCGUGUAUAACUGAAAUGUACUGUACUUGAAUAUAACGCCAUAUACCUGCCGUCUGUAGAGGAUGAAAACUGACAAAGCUAGCCCGCUUAGCCCCGGUAUUUGAUAUCGACCCACACCUGCUGCAGGUGCUCCACCUCCUGGAGACGCUCCCCACAACGUGCUUCCAAAUCCUCUACAGCGCGGAAGUCACCGUCAGUCCUCGCCCCGCCCUGUGAAAGGGGGUUUAUACGUAUCAUUUACUUACUUAUCCACAUGGUUAGAGGGGCAGAAUCUAAGGUUGUUGUUGUUUCUUUUGUUUUUACUAUGUCACGCCAGUAGUAAGUUCAAUACUGCCACAGAUUCAGGACUUAUUUAGCAAAAAUCACAUUGUUAUUCACCAGUUAGUUUGUUUUGAAAUGAUGCCACUUGAUUCAUAUGACUUUUGUGUAACUUUGGGAACGGGAUCGUUGUGGGAAGUCUUGCUGUAUUUUAUAUGUGUACAGACAAGUGUGCAAAUAAACUGUUGUAC